AUGGUCUGCAAGCAGGACUCAUCCAACACCAGUUCCGAUAUCUCGACCUCAGGCACCACCAACAGCUGUAACAGCCAGCUGCAAGAAUGUGUAGCUGCACCUAAACCAGUGCAUUUGAUUUUAAAUGCACCACGACCUCCUCCUGUGCCAGCAAGCCCCCUUAAAAAAUUGCCCGUCUCUUCAGGAGGGCAAGAUGCCCAAGCCCCAGUGCCUUUGUCAAGGAGUGUCCUCAGUCAGCCACCAAAUCGACCUCUUCCCAAUAUUCCUUCAAAGUCUGGAAUUACCAAUACUGAAGUAAACCAACAUCAUCUUGGCCCUCAGAGUCAAGGAGAAAGUGUUAAAUUAAAUGAAGAUGAGAUAUUAAAUUUCAAGCAUGAUGAAAAAUUGACUGUGCCUUCAAAGUCGGUGACUGUGACUGAUGGAAGUGAACAAAAUAGUGAGGAACUUUAUGCCAAGAUAAAUAAACCAGGUAAAUCCAAAAGACAGGAUAUGUCAGAACAAAGCUCAGGUCACUCUGAUGAUCAGACUUCACCCCACCCCUUUGGAGUGAAGCUGAGGAAAACUAUCUCAAAUGCAGCAGACCACAUAGAAGAUGAAGCAUCCAAUCAGCAAGACAUUGUUACUGAUUCUCAAGAAGGAGAUAAAUUUAUUAUGGAGACGAGAAAUCCCCCAAUAGCUGCUAAGCCAAAACCAUUACUGUCACCAAAACCUCCAGCAUUGUCUACGCCCUCAUUACCAAACAGGGAAUCUGUUUUGCUUUCUGCUCAUGAAAAUUCUGAUUCCAAGGAAAUUCCCAAGCAGAAAGUUCAGAUGAGUGCAAACAGCUUCUACCCAAAAGACCAACUAUCUUACGGCCUUCAAAAUCAAUCACAAAGCAGGAUAGCGAGAACCAUGGAUGUAACUCCUGCUGCCACAUUGAAAGAACCACCACCAAGACCUGACACCAAACCACGUAACUCUUGUUCAGAGGAACAGAAGAUUCCUGAUUUAAAGUUUUCUAAGCAACCUCCGCCACGUCCUGGAAAUGCACCUUUGUGUGACACUGAGCAUUUAAAAAAUAUCUGCAGCAGCAGUAAGCCACAUUUGGGUGCUGAGACACAGAGAUCUCAGUCUCCAACAUCCACUUUCUCUAAAAAUCAGGAGGCUCAAGAAAAUAGCCCCCCUUCAAGUCCCACAUCUGUUCCUGCCAACCUAUCUGCAUCUCCAAGUCAAGCUCCUUUUUUGGAUCAUUCCUCUGUACUACCAUCCCCAAGAACUGCUUCAACCAUCAAAAACUCAGAGCAUGCUGAGGAAGGUAUGUUCACAGUUGUCCAAGGGGAUUUGGUGUUUUUGAAAAUGAAUGGGCUUAGUGUCAUUAUAUAUGACUUUAGAUGA